AUUUUACGUACUGUCUUUAUAGAUGCUUCGCCUUAUCACACAAGUAAUAAAAGGAACAUAUACUGAUUAGAGAGCCUGUCCACGUAGGACAUUAAAAUCGUCCAAUAGAAAGUUGUUUAUUUGACACGUCAUCUGGACUUCCCGUUUUUUUAAAAAAAUCUGGCGUGAAUUGAUGUUGGGCCAUUAAACCCAUCGUAAAUGAUAGACAGAGAUACGGAAAUUCCUUUUUUUUUAAAUGUAUCGUGAAAUGAUGUUGGGCCACAAAGCCCACCAUAAUUGACAGACGGAAACACAGGAUUAAUAUUACUCGAGCUCGCCUUCUUCGAUACGGGAACCUUUGCUCUUCCUCUUCUUUGUUCAGUUUCAUGAUUUCAUCCUCGAACAUCAAUACUUCCUCCACUUUGUCUCUCUUUAAUCUCAUUAAUGGACUCACUUUGUUUUCCUCCUUCAGAUUUUGUUUAUAAAACUCUCGAUCUGAGUUUUAUUUCGAUCAGAUUUUGUUCUACAGUCUCAUUACUACAUCGCAAUUGCAAUGAGUUCGAACGGAGAAACCCUGUCGGAGAAACCAAAAGGCGUUGAUGCUGACUCCUUUCCCGGACCGAUUAAGCCCACCGGUACAUCCUAUGUCUCUUCUGGCCUCUCGAACAGCGAUCCCCACUCGAAGAAAACCAAAAGCGAAGCGUCUGUCUCCUCCGGUCUGACCAAACCCAGCGGCAAGACCGGUGUUUCUUCCGGCCUCUCGAUCGGCGUGCCUAAUUCGAAGAACCCCGACUGUAAGAACCUGAUCUUUUGGUUAUCAAAAUUAUAUAUUCCGUUUGAUUACCAAAAAAAAUAGAGUAUGAAGCUUUGUGAUCUAAAACAAUGAGAUGAACAAACUAUAUAUUUAUAUUGUGGUUCGUUUUGUUAUCAAAUCAUAGAGUCCGUUUGAUCACCAGAACAGUUAUUGAGUCUAGAGCUUCGUGAUUGAAGACACUGAUAUGAACAAUAUUUUUUUUUAUUAUAUUGAUAGUUUAGUCUACAGAAAAUAUAAACGCAUUGAUGAAUUCAACGCUCAUAUUCCACUGCAGGUACAAAGACCGGUGUCUCUUUAGGCGUUAGAGGCAAAGCCGCUGUCUCCUCUCGCGCCAAGGGAAAAGCCAUUGUCUCCGCCAAAGCUGUGGAAGUGAUGUCUUUCAAGGAUGUGAAAUUCGGACCUCAUGGAUGCGAGUUGAGAUUUCGGUUGAUCCAUUUAUGGGAAGCUCGAAAUGUUGUGACGAAGAUGCUUAUCGGUCUCGAGAUGCUUCUCAUCGACCAAGAGGUAUAAACUGAACUCUCUUUUGCGGUUUAGUUUAAAAAAACUGUUUAGUCGAGAUGCUACUAAAUCAUUUUAUAUUCAAACUUAGCGUUCUAUUCUUUGGUUCUUUUAAUGAAUUUGUACCAAGUUUUUGCUAUUGGUAAUAGAACCAUAACUUUAUUUCUGUUGUUGAUGCAUUGCGGUUUGAAUAUCUUUAAUGUUUGUGUUUAUUUUUCUAAGAGUUCCUGUCUAGCUUCCUAAUUUAAUUUCUCUAUUGUUGAUAACAGGAAACUGUUAUCCAGGGCUUCAUUCCAGCUGGGAGGAUAGAUACUUAUCUGCCACACAUGAAAGUUGGUGGCAUUUACAGGCUUAACAGUUUUUACGGGUCUAAUAACAAGACUCUGUAUCGGGUGGCUGAACCAAGUGUCACCAUCACCUUCUCAUCGUCUUCUGUCCACUCUGAUCUAGAGGAUAGUUCGGUUUGUUUCCCUGAGGACCGUUUUCGGUUCCAUGGAUAUGAGGAGUUUGAUGCUGCCUGCGACUUGAGAGGGGAUCUCUAUGGUAAGUUCUCACUGUUUUAUAGUAUAAUGUUUAAUCUAACCUUAGAUGAUGUGUUUAACUCAAACUAAUAUAUUCAGCAUUGUUUGGCUAGGAUAAUGUUCUGAUACAUUCUUAGAUAUUAAGGUUUCAUGGUGGGUUUAUAAGAUAUAAAGCACUAAGUUUGAUUGUUUAUUAUGCAGAUUAUGUUGGUCAUAUCAAGCUUGUGAAUGGGCAAGUUCUCAAUGACAGUCUCGUGCUAGAUGAUGCCGAGAUAGCUUCAUCCCGCCGAGUUUUGCUUCAUGUUCAAACACAUGAGUAAGCUAAUCUAUAUCUUUUUCAUAAUCAUAUAUUGACACUCUUAACAAACAUUUUUUGAUGUUAAAGUGGUCCGGUGAUGAAGUUGUACCUCUGGGACAAGGCUGCCUCUGAUUUUAGUGGAAAAUUUAAAGCAUCUGGAAGAGCUGCAAGUGUUAUUUUGGUCACCACCUUAAACCCGAAACGUUUUAGAGGUUCGUAUCAUCAGCUUUUUCCUAUGUUUUAAGAAGUUACAUAGGAUGGUCAAUGGAUUUUAUCUGAUUAGUUAGCUUUGAGUAAUAGAACUGCACUUGAAUGAAUUUGGGCUUAUUAGCUAUAAGACAUUUGAAAAAGUUUGUGAGGACUUAAGAGAUAUACGUAAUUCUACAUCUCAUUUUACAUUAUAAUUUAGCAUUUUUAUUAUAACAUUGGAUCUGUUAUAGAUGUCCUAACUCUCUCCUCUAUGACAUCAUCACGGGUAUUUCUGGACAGUGAUGUUCAAGCAACCCGAGAUUAUCUCAUUUGGUUGAACUCAAACAUGGAUGUUGCUGACAGAGUUGCUGCGGAAAUUGUCACUAAGACUGAGACAGUGACCAUAGGCGAGUUCUUCUCCUAUAUGAAGCAGGAAGCUGCCAAGGUUGCUUGGUUUGAGUGCAUAGCAACAGUUGGUGAUGUUGUGCACGGAUCAGGAUGGUAUUACAUAGGUUGUGGUGUGUGCCACACUAAAGCAACCAAAGGACCUACCACCCUAAUGUGUAAAAAAUGUGGGAAGAGUGAUAUUGUUGGUGUUGCACAGUACCUAGCCAAGAUAUCUGUGUAUGACAAUGAUGAUCAGGCGUGUUUUGUGCUCCUUGGUGAUGCUGGUCAGGAGUUGACUGGCAAGAAAGCUUCUGAGUUGGUUGAUAGUUAUUUCGAGGCCAAUGAGAAUAUGGGAGAUGAUCACUUGGUUCCGGUGCCUCAAGCUCUGAUCAAUACCAUAGGACAGACUCGCAAGUUCAUUGUGAAGGUAUCAACUCACAAUUUGACUUGCAAGACCCAAAGUUUGACUGUGACAAAGGUGCUCAUUCCAGAAGAUCCAGAAAUUGAAGGCAAUGUAAAAAAAUGUGACUGUACCAGAUGCCCAGAAAACUUUGCAGAAUGGAGUUGCUGAGGAUGGUCCUUCCACACGCUUUGAAGAAUCUGGUGGUGAGAGGGUGAAAAGGACUGCUGAUAAUGUUGAGGCAGAAGAUUCAAAGCGAGCCAAAUGUGGCUAGGAUGUGUGUAAGUGAUGGAUUUAUGGUGACUAAGAGUCUAUGCUUUCUUUCUUUCCAAUUUAAGACUAUAUCUUUGCAAUAUUGAACUAUCUCUCUUAUAAACUUUGUUGGUUAAAUUUAUGUUUAAUAAUUUCUUUCUUUGAGUUUGAUGAUUUAGUUUGUUGGUUGUGAUGCUUUCCGAAUUUAAUUGAAGCUUUUGGCUU